CGUGCCAAUAAAAGUUCAUCUCUCACUUCCGAUUAGACAGAGACGAGAGAGAGAGCGCAGAGAACGAAAUGGCGACGGCGAUGGUGAGAUCUAUGUUUCGAACGACCCUCCGUGGAGGCUCACGGACUCCUACCUCCAAAAGGACCUUCUCUUCUUCCUCUGGCCAUCACGACGACGCCUAUGAAACGGCGAAAUGGGAAAAGAUUACUUAUGCUGGCAUUAUAGGUUGCUCUAUUUUUGCCUUCUAUAACCUCUCAAAGGGCCAUCCCCAUCAUGAAGAGCCUCCUGCGUACCAAUAUAUGCACAUUCGCAACAAGGAGUUUCCAUGGGGUCCAGAUGGUCUUUUUGAGGUGAAGAAGGAUCACUGAUUCUUGGGGGACAUCAAGGAGAUAUGUCUAGAAAUAAUGAUUUUUUAGUGCAUGAUCGAUCAUGUGUCAUCUUUUAAGAUUACCUUGAGGAUCUCUAUGGAUGUUAUUUUGGCACUUCCCUUUCUGUAGUGGAACCAUGGUAUUUGGGCUGUAUGUGGCUGGUUGUCCAUACUUGUUUCAUAUUCUGUCACUUUGUUUCUCAUGCUAUGUUUGCCGCGAAAUACGAUGUGAUCAAUAAUUGGGCAUUUCCUUUUUCUA